CUUUUAUUUUGGCGUGACGUUUUGACGUCAUAAGGCUGCGCCUCGUUCUUGCAUCUGUUCAGUUGAGGAAAGAGUGUCCAAACAGGGAAAAACUGGUGAAGCGACAGAUCAAUGAGACACGAUUACAAAGAUGUCGUUUAUUAAAGAGGAGAGUGAAGACAUGAAGAUUGAAGAAACAUUCAGAGUGAAACAAGAAGAUACUGAGGAACAAACAGACUUGAUGCUGCUGAAAGAGGAGACUGAAGCACUAGAUGAAACGGAGGAAGACCAGUAUGAGAAACAUCAUGAUUUCACAACUGGAAAAAAAUUUAGUUGCUCGGAGACUGAAAAUUCAUCCUCACGAAAAACAGAAACUAUAAGAUAUUUCAACUGCCAGCAGUGUGGACAGAGUUUUACUAAAAAAGCAAACCUUAAAAUCCACAUGAGUGUUCACACUGGUGAGAAGCCUUUUACCUGCCCUCAGUGUGGAAACAGUUUCUCUCAAAAAGGAAGCUUUAACAGGCACAUGAGAAUUCACACUGGAGAGAAGCCUUACAUGUGCCUUCUGUGUGGAAAGGGCUUCACAGCAGAACUGAACCUAAGAUGUCACAUGAACCUUCACACUGGAGAGAAGCCAUUCAAAUGUGAUCAGUGUGGAAAGAGUUUCAGACAUAAAGUAACCCUUAAUAACCACAUGAGGAUUCAUUCAAGAGAGAACAGUUUUACAUGUCAUCAGUGUGAAAUGAGUUUCGCAGACAGUGAUCACCUUAAGAAUCAUGUAAUAACUCACACUGGAGAGAAGCCAUUCAUGUGCCAUCACUGUGGAAAGACUUGCUCAAACAAAACAAGCCUUAAGGCUCACACGAGAAUUCACACUGGAGAAAAGCCUUUCACCUGCCUUCGGUGUGGAAAGAGUUUCACAGUUAAAGUGAGCCUUGAGAGGCACAUGAGAGUUCACACUGGAGAGAAGCCUUUUACAUGUCUUCAGUGUAAGAUGAGUUUCACAUAUCAAAGAGACCUGAAUCAUCAUUUGCAAACUCAUCCUGUAAAUACAUUGCAGUGUUCCUCAGUGCGACAAGAGGUUUAGAAAAAGUAGUUUGUGUAUGCUGCCUUCAUUCGUUUUUGUGAUUUAAUAUUAAAAGUAGAAAACCCUAAAAAAAAAUCCCUCGAUUUAAUGAUUUUAGGUUCAGGGGUAGAAAAUGGAUAAAUAGCUUGAAUAUUUUGUUGUAUAUAUUAGUUGGUUAUGGUAGGUAAAUGAAUGACAGUACUAACACAGGAUGGGGCCCUGGGUCUGGUUCAAACAUAAAUACUAAUAAAAAUAAUAACUCCAGUAUUAUGUCUCUUCUACCACUAUACGUUUUAAGCAAAGCUUUGUAAACCCUUAAUUUUGUAAACAAACACUGUUAUUGGCCAUGCCUUCACUUAGUAGUACUUUUAACUUUUUCAAAUUACCUUACUAAGCAUGUGACUAAAUUCAAAUAACACAAAGAAAUGUGAACUGGAGAAAUAAUAAACAAUUUACUUAAGGUAAUGUGAAAUAAAGUACUUAGUACGUGUUCUAAGAUUUUGCUGUAUUUGGCCGAGCAGUCGUUUGGGUGGCUUGCCAAUGUAUUAGAUUUCUCUAAUACAUAAAAUAAGUAAGCUUGAGAGAAGAAUUUAUUGGAGGUAGUAGUGUAGCACAUUUCUUCAGCAGCUAAGUCAGCAUGUCGGCCUUCAAAAUAUCUUAACCCAAACAUGAAGACAAAAGGGCUACAAAAAAUAGACAACUGUUUGCACCUCCCACAGAAGAUUGAUCUUACCUUACAAUCUACUCUGAGCAAUGCUGUUUCUUUAUCAUUCACACCCAUCAGUUUCUAUGGGCCAUAAGUCUGUAUGGGCUUAUAUGGGCUUGUAUUCAUAUCUUCCAAUAUGACCUCUCAAUUCAACUUACACCACAAGCAAUGAAAUUGAAAAUCAGUAGCACUAAUAUGACAGUAAAUCAAGUAGGCCCACACACAAACACACCAGAUAUGGUUACAGUGAAGUAUCAUCAGAGAGAAUUGUCUUUUUCUAUUAAUGAGGUUAUCCCGGUUAAUAAACAAAUGACUAAAGAAA